AUGCGCCACGCCGCAACGUUAUUACAGCUACCACUAUUCCUCGCAGCGCAGGCUUUAGGACGCGAUGAUGGGAACUACCGGCCGAGGAAUGUGACGGGGCUGGAUUAUUACUAUUACCCAUGGAUUGGCUCGUAUUACAACGGUAGCGCCGUAUUCACCAUCUCUGGUGUCGAGCCUCGAGAUGACCGCAGCGAUUCCGAAUUGGAACUCUGUGGGCAGUUGCAGAACAUCACGUACUCGUGGUCGUACCCAGCAAUCCUAGCGAUCACAGCAACAGAACCAGAAGAUGAGCGACCGAAGAACACAAACCCAAUCGAUGUUUCGCUGUUCACCUCGUAUUCGAACUUCACGAAGUAUUUCAGCGAUUAUAUUGAUUCCGUCAACAUGCAGAUUAGGGAUAUGCCCUUCGUAUUUGAGUCGAUUGAGGUGUCUCGUUAUUCAUUUCCAGCGAGUAGAAACACGAAACCGGAAUUUAACCUGACUGUCGCUGAGGAUACUGGAAGUGGGGUCCCGUUUCGAGUCACAGGGAGCUCGGAGCUAGAGCAGAACCCGCUUGGUCCUUUGAAGAUGAAUAUGUCGACUUGCUCCCGUAGCGAGGGACGGUGGGGUGUCGCUCCCAUUUCACUCGGUAGUCACCGUGAUGACAUUAGCGGCGUAACAAACCCGACCGUGCAGCUGACAUUUGACGACUCUUCGGCAAAUUUUAAUAUUCGAUCGUGGGUUGUUGCGGGUAUCUUGGCUGAGGAGGAUGAGGAGACGCCAAGGAUUUCCGCUAGGUUGACGAUCGAGUUCUUAGGGAGGAUUGAUGCUGCGCGCUCAGAUAUCCUUAACGAGGGAACUCCAGUGACAUGGACACCGAGCAUGGGGUUCGGGAAUAAUUCCUUGAGUUUGGAUUACGAAUCGGGUGCGUUUGCCGCAGCCGGAGCGAACACUCUUCAGAUCUGGAGUAUCCUGGGAGCCAUUUUAGCAUAUAUGUUCAUUUAA